AUGGCAGGAAUAGGACAGCGUUUCACUUCUGCUGACCACUCUGUUCCCUGGAACACUCAGACUCAAUAUAAUAUGGGGAGGGCUAUGGUACAUGAUUACAAUAAACCUGUCACCACUUAUGGCAGCAAUUUUGCAAAACGGCCUCUGUUUAGUGCCGGUAAUCCGGUGAAUACUGGGGCACCUAGUUUCAGUGAUAUUGCAACGCUUUCAACGAGUGGUUAUAAUUCUAGACCUGGGUCUUCUCAGCGUAAUGGUGAGCUUAUCAGUUCUAUACCCAAUGCAUUCUCUGGAAGAACAACAUAUCCUACUGCACUAGAUUCUAGUCUGGAAAAUGGUCCUUCAUAUUUCAAUGCAUUAAAUUAUAAUAAUAGUCAGGCUGGUCCUGCAAGGAAUUUUUCCGAACCUUCUCUUUUCUCUUCGUUAUCCACCAUCAAUCGGACAGCUGGAAAUGACUUAACAAACAACAGAAUUGGACCUGGAAGUAUCACCCCAUCAGUUCCUAUGAACACUGCUAUGGCCCUAGCAUCUCGUAACCCUGGAAACCUUUAUUCAAACUCAAUUGGGAGUGAAAAUACUUCGAAUUCCACAAACCUUUCUUUAUCUUCGUCUUCACGUGGCGUUACUUUAGAUCCUUCAGAUUUCCCUCCAAUUUUAACAUCGACUGGGCGGAGUGGGAAUUCUUCCACACCCUUUCAUUCCUCGGCAAAUCAGCCUCCCUUGCGGAACUAUGUUUCUAUUAUGUCAAAAGGGUCUUCAACCAUAGACCAGAGUUUGAAUCAAUUUAACCAUUCUUCAAAUAACCAGGCAGCUCCCCUGGAAUUUUCUAAGCAGGAUUUCCCCGCUUUACCUGGUUCGCACCAACCUACCACUAGCACUACUACAACAGUGUCGACGACGAGUUCCUUAACUGUCAAUUCAACAUCUGCUCAUCGUUCCUUAUCGGCUAGUUCCAUAACUCAAACUCCUGCUUCUACAAAUUCUCGACGAUUGUUUAGCCAUACGUCCAACCACGUUUUAGGACCAUCAUCAGUCCGUAAUCAGCCGGGAUAUUCAAAUAUUCCCCCUAAAUCUGUUGGCUCCUCAAAUGGUAUACAGUUACUUCCUAAUCAUUUAGUUACAAAUAUUCCUAAAAAUAUGAUUUGUGAUCAGUUCGGAAUGUUAGGUUUAUUAAAACUAAUUCGCGUUGGUGAUUAUGAUGCUACGUUGAAUAUGCUAGCUCCUGGAUUAGAUUUAUCCUCAUUACACAGUAAUUGGCAGACACCUGGUGAGCUUCAUACCACCUUUGUUUCACCUCUUCAAGAUUCUUGUUUUGGACGUCCACAAGAUAUGGAUUAUCCUGUUCCACCGGAAUAUCUUAUACGACAUUUAGUUACGGAUCGUUUACCUGAUCCACCUAUGAAUCAAUUGUCAGAAGAGACAUUGUUUUGGUUAUUUUAUAAUUGUUGCCGAGAAGAAGCACAGUUGGUUGUGGCGAAAGAACUCUAUCAACGUGAAUGGCGAUUUCAUAAAAAAGAACAAAUAUGGCUUACUCGUAUAGUAGGUGCCAAUUUCACGUCAGAUAACAAUUCUGAACAAGGUGAUUACUACUUCUGGGAUCCUGUUAAAGCGCAAAAGUCUACCCAUCAAAUGACUAUCUUAUAUUCAGAUCUGGAUAAUGCACCAGCAGCAUUUCGUCUUAGUUCAGGUACAUUAAGUGCCUUUGUCAGUAUCGGUUUGCCUGGUGGUUCGCAUAGUAGUGUUCCACCACCACCUCCACCUCCUCCACCAUUACCACAGAACCAACAGCAACAAUUAGUUAGUUACCAACAUCAGUCACGUCAGGCGCAACAAGGCCAGCAAACGUUUUCGCAUACACAUCAAACACUUAUGAAUAAUCAUAAUCCUAAUACAUCAGGACCAUUUAUUCCGUUUACUGUCAAUUCGUUGACUACUGGACCAUCGGUCAAUUCAUCAAAUGCUGCAACGUUAGCUAGUUUGUUCAACACUCGUCAGCAGCAACCAAUUAAGCAACCGCAACAACUGAAUUCAAAUCCAAAUUAUUUUCCAUCUCAUAAUCGAACUACUGGUCCUGUAAAUUCAUUGUUCACUAAUCGAUCAGCUCCAGUAUCAGUUCCUGUGACUAAUACAGUGAUUCCUUCUACAGAGACUACAUCGACCACUAACUCAAACUUUAAUCGUCUCUCCAAUCCAUCACUUGUUAAUGAUAAUCCCAACCAAUACAUCAAUCGAUUGUUUCAACGUUAUUUAGUUUGCUUGGAUUUGAAGACAAGAGAAAAUCUUGGCAUACAUUUCGUAGUUUCCAAUUGUGCAUCAACAAUGCGUUAUGUAAAAUGUAAUAGAAAUUGGUGCUUGAUGGAUUAA